GUGUUAUUGCCUUCGGUGUGCUCCGAACAAACAUAAAAUAUAAUCUGGUUAUUUUGGCUUGGCAAUACUCACCUAACAAAAAUAACAAAAUUGUACAUUCUAACGCGGUUAUAGCAUAAGAUGAGCAAUUACGACAUGGAGAUAAUCGACGAAAACCAACCACCGGCUCAAUCACAAAAUACAUCAACAACUGCCAGCGAGGACAACGAAAUAGUACCAAAACAUCUUCGGUCGCGAUACUGGAAUAGUUGGGAGGAGAUGCGUUUGGUCGAAUUAUGGAGACUUCAUAGCAAUGAAGUGACGACCUUAAAGACAAAUAUACCUAUUUUCCGUACAAUAUCAGAGGGUAUGCGCGAAUAUGGGUUUUUUGUCAACGCUCAGGAAGUGCGCCGUAAAAUAAACAGUUUUAAAAAUAAAUACAUCGCCGAACGUCGUCGUUUGGAAAUGGAAGAAAAAGAUAAAGAAAGCCACUGGAGACUAUACCCAUUAAUACACUGCCUAUUAGCGCCUCGUCAGAAAAACCAACUGCUUACUCAUCAACAAUUGAUAAUAGAGCGACUAUUUGCAAAGAUACCAUUAGAAUUGAUAAACAAAGAGUUACCUAUUACGGAAAUGCAAACCACCAAAAUAAUACAAAAGCCAGCUGCGUUUAUGGCAAAAUCCGCGGAACAGUCAGCUWUGCCGACACAGCUACGWGGUCAACUAAGAYACCAGCCAUAUGCCAGAGCAAACGGCGACGCCAGCUUUUUAUUGCGACACAAUUUUACUAAGGAAAGAUUGACACAAAUACGUGUUGACAAUAGUAUAUUAUCCGAUCAGCGUGAUGCAGCCUUGAAACAGCUGAAAUCUGAAGAACGUUCAUUCAGGGCGUUGGAGAGUUUUCUUAAGAAUUGGCAAAGGAAGCACGAAGUUGUUUUACAACGCUUACRAUGUACAAAUGGAGACUGAAAAUAYACAUCCAUUUGGUUUUGUUUUUCAUGUUUCAGGUGCGCUUAAAGUUUUUUU